AUAUAGCUUCCGGGACCGUUUCAUUACAAUCAGCAUUCUUUGAGGCGAGCAACAUACAGUAACACAAGCGUACUGACUACAGACGGACUAGUCUAGUGCCCGACACAAACUUUCACAAGGCAAAAUGUCUGCCCCAGCUAUAGGGAUCGAUUUGGGUACUACAUAUUCCUGUGUGGCAGUUUUUCAACACGGGAAAGUGGAGAUUAUCGCUAAUGAACAAGGAAACCGGACAACUCCCAGUUAUGUGGCCUUUACGGAUACUGAACGACUAAUAGGGGACGCUGCUAAAAACCAGGUAGCCAUGAACCCAAGUAAUUCCGUUUUUGACGCCAAAAGACUCAUAGGUAGAAAGUUUGAUGACGCCUCAGUUCAAUCGGACAUGAAAAAUUGGCCAUUUAAAAUCAUCAACAAAGGUGGCACACCUUUGAUACAAGUGCAAUUUAAAGGUGAAACCAAGAUGUUCAGCGCUGAGGAAAUAAGUUCAAUGGUGCUGACUAAAAUGAAGGAAACAGCGGAGGCUUACCUUGGCAAAAAGGUGAAGGACGCUGUCAUCACCGUUCCCGCAUAUUUCAAUGACUCUCAACGUCAGGCGACAAAGGACGCUGGCGCCAUCACUGGACUUAAUGUGCUCCGUAUCAUCAACGAACCCACGGCCGCUGCCUUGGCAUAUGGUCUCGAUAAAAACCUCAGUGGUGAGAAAAAUGUCCUCAUUUACGAUCUUGGUGGAGGUACUUUCGAUGUAUCUAUACUUACCAUCGAUGAGGGAUCCAUGUUCGAAGUACGCUCAACAGCCGGAGAUACUCAUCUUGGUGGCGAAGACUUUGACAACAGGUUGGUCACUUUCUUCAUUAAUGAGUUCAAGCGAAAAUACCACAAAGACAUGAGCAAUAAUCCUCGUGCCAUCCGGCGCUUGAGGACGGCAUGUGAGAGAGCGAAGCGCACAUUAUCUAGCAGCUCAGAAGCAAGUGUGGAAAUAGAUUCAAUGUUUGAGGGGAUCGAUUUCUACACUAAAAUUUCUCGUGCGAGAUUCGAGGAGCUUUGUUCAGACCUAUUUAGAACCACCAUUGAACCCGUUGAACGAGCGCUGAUCGACGCCAAACUAGACAAGAGUAAGAUCCACGACAUCGUGCUGGUCGGUGGCUCAACUCGUAUCCCAAAAAUCCAGAAGUUAUUACAAGAUUUCAUGAAUGGCAAAGAGCUAAAUAAAUCAAUCAACCCAGAUGAGGCAGUGGCGUACGGGGCGGCAGUCCAGGCAGCUGUUCUGUCCGGUGAUACCAGUAGCGCCAUCAAAGAUGUGCUAUUGGUGGACGUAGCACCACUGUCCCUCGGUAUCGAAACUGCUGGAGGCGUUAUGACCAAUCUCAUUGAGAGAAACAGCAGGAUCCCGUGUAAAACCUCGAAAACAUUUACAACGUACGCGGACAACCAACCAGGGGUUCACAUACAAGUGUACGAGGGAGAGAGAGCUAUGACCAAGGACAACAACCUCCUUGGAAAGUUUGAUCUCGACGGUAUCCCUCCCGCUCCCCGUGGGGUGCCCCAAAUUGAUGUCACAUUUGACAUUGACGCUAACGGUAUUCUAAACGUGUCCGCCGAAGACAAGAGCACCGGAAAGACGAACAAAAUCACCAUUACUAACGACAAAGGACGACUUAGUAAGGCAGAGAUUGACCGAAUGGUGUCGGAAGCCGAGAAAUAUCGCGAGGCGGACGAGAAGCAGAGACAAGCCGUAUCCUCUAGGAAUGCUCUCGAGAAUUAUGUGUUUAAUGUGAGAAUGGCAAUCAAUGAAACAGCAGGUGAUAAACUGACACAGGAGGAAAAAACAAGUGCUUUGAAUAAAUGUGAAGAGACUCUCAAGUGGCUGGAGGCUAAUAUGUUGGCAGAGAAAGAUGAGUACGACUUCAAAAUGAAAGAGGUUCAAACUGUGUGCGCACCAUUAAUGAGCAAACUCCAUGGCGGAAGUCAAGGUCAAGGCCAAAACCAAGGCGAAAAAAGUAGUGGCCCAACUGUAGAGGAAAUGGACUAACUGGAAUAAUGAUCCAACAGAGACUUAUUCAAAUAAUGGUGCAACAGUGGUUAAAAUGAACUAAUCAAACUAGCUUAUAAAGUUAAGUAUAGUUUAUUUAUUAAGCGCUUUUGUUUAAGUUUUGUUUCACUAUCAAGGGCCUUGUAAUCGACAUUUUAUUGUCUGAAUCACUAUCUUCUCUCGCGUCAGAUCUAAUCGCACAUGUAUGUGUUGUAAUGAGCGUAUUUAAAAAGCAGCUUUAUUCAAUCGUGACGAUUUUUGUUCAGAAAAGUGAUAGGUGUUGUUAAUAAACUUCCAUAAAAAUAAG